AUGACAAUCCCUCCAACGACAACAACAUCACCCCGCAUCAUUCGGACGAGCCGUAUAUCUCCUCAGCAGUCAGUGGACAGUGAACAUGCGGUGCCACUAUCGCUACUGGAUGCAACAACUGCUACAUUCGGCCUCACCAGCGCCGUUUGGCUAAUUGAACGUCCCACCAUUCCACUUUCUUCAUCUGAUCUCCCCACCCAUCUUCGCAAGGCGCUCAGCACAAUUCUGAAUGUUUAUCCUCAGUGGUGUGGUUACCUGAAAGCUAUCCUCAGCAAAGAUGGUACUUGUCUUCCUUCAGAAACAGCAUCUUUCCCGCCGCAUGCCAGACGUUAUGGUCGUGUUUAUGUACACUUUGGCAYUGAUACAGAUCCUGGCGUGGAGUUUAUAGAAGCGAAAAGUACUGCGACAGUCGACGAUCUUUACACUGCCAAUUCCGGAAAGAGACGGCCCGUCUGGAAUCGACUAGAGGAUGGAGUGACUCUUACCCAUUUUACACCUGCAACAGACAUUGUCCUUGCCCUCAAGCCCGCCAAUAACACGGAUGCGGAUGGCUCGCACAAACCAAUCAUGGCGGUGCAAUACACCGAGCUCGCAUGUGGCGCCAUUGUCUUGGCCGCAAAAAUCGCUCAUCCACUGGCAGAUAUCACCUCACUCACACACUUCGUGCGGGACUGGGCCAAUGUCAGUCGUGCAAUCCUUACAGAUGCGCCCCUAACAAUCCGAACGCCAAUCUUUGAACCCUGUCAACUAGACUCUUGCGCCGCGGGCGACAUUGAUGCUGCGAGACCCGAUCCCAGCAUUCUGAAAGACGCAUUGGACCUUCCACUACAUAGAUACGACUGGUGGGAUCCUCCCGCUCAGCCACCUUCUCCAUUCCCUGCAGAUCUUCCGCUGGCUGGGACGCCUUUACCUUGGUCAGAGUGGGAUACCGCAGCGCCAGUUGAGCAGUACACAAUUCACUUCAACCGAAAGCAGAUUGAUCACCUAUGGCAAUCAGCCGUCCAACAGAACUUCUCAGCGCCAACGAAUUUGGUAAUCAGCAAACACGACGCUCUAUUAGCUCACAUCUGGUCAUGCGUCGUACGUGCCCGAGGUCUCGAAGACGACCCAAAUCCCGUCCACUGCGAUCUCGUGCUAGGAGUUCGCCCGGCAUUCCGAUUAGACGACUCCUUCCUGGGAUCGCCCACAAUGAUGCUCAACAUCGAAAUGGAUGCCUCGGACGUCGCUUCUGGCAAAUCUCUGGGACUCGUCGCGCAUCGCAUUCGAGAGACGAUUUCUACCGUCAAUACUCGUCAGCGAAUAGCUGCUCACUUACACAGCAUCGCGUAUGAGAAAUCUCCGCAGAGAAUCUGGCAGGCGUUUUUGGGGAGGAGACAUUGUUUGGUCACUACGUGGGCUAGGGCAGGGAUCUAUGAUGUUGAUUUUGGGUUGGGAGGGAGGGUGAGGUAUGCGGAUGGGAUGGUGCCUUGUUUGGAUGGGUGUAUUCUGAUUGUGGAUGGUCCGCCUUCGGAGGAGUCUGGGGUGGGAGGCAUGUCGAGAGGGUGGACGAAGGAUGGAGUGGAUGUUACUUUGCCGUUGAAGAGGGAGGAUAUGCAGAGGCUGUUGAGGGAUCCGGUGCUUUUACCCAAGGUGUGA